AUGUUCGAGUCAGCAGCAACGACGGGCGCCAGCAUCUUCAUCCUAGCAUGCGUGGGCAUUGGCUACACCAAGUACUACAAAUGGAACGUGCUCGAGAAGAUCGAGAAUGCUUUCAGGGAAGGCGACCCGGUUCUUGACCUUGCUGCCACCGGCAAAGAAGUACCAAGAGAACCUACGCGAACAGAGGUGUUACAUGGCGAGGACGAUGACGGAUGUGAUCGAUGGAUACCACGUGACGAACAAGAGAAGAUUGAUAAGAUCGUCUGGGGAGAGACCAAAGGCCGGUACCAUCUGCUCCUCGGCGAGAAAGGUACUGGGAAGAGUUCCAUGCUGAUCGACGCAAUGGCCAAGAUCAACGGCGAGGGUUGUUCCAUGAUGGAAGCCCACGCAGAUCUUGAGGUGUUCCGUGUCCGCCUUGGACGGUGUCUAGACUUUGAAUACCACGAGGACAACAUCGGAUCUUUAUUUUCCAUCCGCGGACCCCGCGACGCUGGCGCCAUCCUAGACAUUGAGCGAGCAUUCAACAAACUCGAGAAAGUCGCAUUGAGACGACGAGAGACAAUAGGGAAACCACUCAUCCUCAUCAUCAACCAAGCGCAUCUUAUCCGCGACGACGAAGAUGGCCGCGACCUCCUCGAACUCAUCCAGCAGCGCGCAGAACAAUGGGCAGCCUCCAACCUCGCAACCAUCAUCAUCAACUCGGACAAAUACUGGGUCUUCGAACGACUCAAGCACCACGGAACGCGGAUGGAGGUGCACCAGAUCAAGGACCUCUGCAAAGACCGCGCCAUGCAAGCCCUCCGAAACUACCGCAUGAAGUACUGGCACGAACGGCCAGGCGAGACAGUCCUCGCAGAAGUCUACGACAAGAUAGGAGGCCGCCUAACGUUCCUCAACCGCGUCGCCAAGUCCCCCAACAUGCUCGAAAAAUGCGACCACAUCUGCGCGAUAGAAAAGAUCUGGUUCCUAAACAACUGCGCCAUCCUCGGCGAGGAAAUGGACGACGACGUCAUGGACCAGCAGAAAUACGCCUCCACAGCAAUGGUCCUCGCAAACGCCCUGCACAAAGCAACCCACGAAAUGGACCGCACCUACGACCCGCGAACCGGCCACAUCCUACCCUCAAUCCCCCUCCACCGCGCACGCUUCAUCAUGACGCGCUCAGACUUCAUCCGCAAGCACCACGACCUAUCCAUCUUCAGCAUCGACUCGCACGCCAUGGUGCGCGCCGACUCGGUGCCCAUGCAGCGCGCCUUCAACGAGAUCUGCUCCGAGCCCGGGUUCGAGAAGUUCCUGGACGCGACGCUCGAUCGCAUUAGCGCGAUUGAGAGCCUGGCUAGGACGAAGGAACUUACGUUUAAGGAUCUGUGGGAUGGGGGGAGGUAUAGGGUUAGGGUUGGGGAUGGGGUGGGGAGGGUUGGGAGGGUGCUGGAGAUGGAGACUGUGGCGGGGAAGAAGGAUGAUGAUGACGACGACGAUGAUGAUGGGGAUGAUGGUGGGGAUGGGGAUGGUAAGGAUGAUGAUUGA